AUGUUAUCUUUGUAUCCAUCGAUUGUAUUGAUUGGUUUGGUUGCCAUCAAUGGUGUAAUUCUUCAGUCAAGCCCUUCUCCAUCUGCACCGUCGGCUGUCUCCACAACACAGUCUGGUGUCACCACUUCGUCGGGACAAUCGGCUGCGGGUUCUUCAGCAGCACCUUCUGGUGUCAGUACCACUCCAUCGGGUGUCAGCGCCUCUGCGGGACAAUCGACUGCUAAGAAUUCAGUGGCGCCGUCGGGGGUCAGUACAACCGCUGCCCAAUCAGCUACGAGUGCCGCUUCUCAGCCAUCGGGUGUGAGCGCAACCACUGGUGCAUCGGCUGGCAGUGCAUCCACUGGUCAAUCAGGUGGUAGUCCCGCAUCGCAGCCAUCGGGAGGUAAUACUACGGGAGCGUCCGCUGCGGGUUCAUCACCAGCACAACCGGCUGUGCCUACGGCGGGGGUGACCAGCAGUCCAGCUCCAGUCGAUAUAUCGGCACAGAUUUCCACCAAUUUUAGUGGUAUAGGAAGCGUCGCCUCUUUUGGUUCGCAACAAGAGUGCGAUCGCUUGAAAACAAGCCAUCCAUCACUCGACUGCGCCGGAACCGGAAUUGUCACCUCUUUUGGCAAAGUGUUAGUGUUUGGCCCAAUGAAAGGCUCACAAUUUGGAUUCAAGGGCUACACAGCAACCGGUCAGACAUUGGCACCCAUUUCAGACAAAAAGGACAUGCCAUGGGGUUUGCCCACUGAAUCGCCAGUGAACGUCACGGGUGCGCCACUCAGUGCUCACCACGUCUGCAACAGCGCUGUCUAUCAUCCCGUCAAUCAGGUGGUAUUCUUCAGCGUAUUUGAUCCAAACGGAAAUCCCGAGAAACACAAACUGUAUUCAGUACUACACAACGGCUCCAUUGACUCUAUGGAUACGCCAAACAACUAUUCGGCUUUGAUUUACCAAAACAACAAUCUAUUUGGUCUGAAGUCCGGAUCCGAUUGGGUUGUGCUCACAAUUGCCGGCCAUAAAGUGACAGAAAGUCAAACCUACAAUUGGAUAGAUUUUCUAAAUUGUAACAAAAAGUCACCCCUCUAUGAUCCUUCGGCUCCGACCGCCGGCACACCCGCAUCGGUCACUACAGGCACCGGCGGUGACACCGGAAAUACAAAUAGUACCGCAAAGUCUUCACCGACCAAAAAGUCAAAUAAAUCCCCGUUUUUGUUAAUUUUGAUUGUCGUGAUUGUAAUCGUAGUAAUCGUUGCAAUCGUUUGUGUCAUCUAUUGCUGCCUCGGAUCCAAGAAAACAGCGCCAAAAUCGGCCGACACUAAGGCCUCAGCGAAGGCCACGUCAGCAAAAACUGGACCGAAAUCUAAGUCGAAAUCAAAGUCAGAGAAGAAAAGCGGCGAAACCCUGCGCUCGGCUUAA